AUGACAACAGGCAACUUCAAGUACAUUGAUCCCGGCUCCUAUGUGGAGAGCGACGUCCCUUUCGUGAAGCCAUGGUCCAAAGUGGAUGGACCGGGCACCUCAUUUAGACUGAUCGAGCGCAAGCGGUCUGUGGAAAACAUUCGGGGACAAGAACCCAAGUUUUCCGUCGAUACCUCUGGCUUCGCCGUGUACAAAUCUCCAGCGCAAGAGAAGGAGUUCACAGACGAUGGCAAAGUCCGUGAAGGAUACUAUGCCGAAGUGGAAUCACUGCUGCGCGAGAAACUCCCUGGUAUUAAGAAAGUUGUGAUAUUUGAUCACACCAUCAGAAGAAGGGACAAGACGUCCCCCAGACAACCCGUGCAACAGGUGCACGUUGAUCAGACUCCUCGUGCUGCCGAGGUGCGCGUAAGGAGACACUUGCCGCCACAGGAGGCGGAAGAAUUAUUGAAAGGCCGGUAUCAAAUCAUCAAUGUGUGGCGCCCAAUCGGUCAUCCAGCUUCAGACUUUCCCUUGGCAGUCAUCGACUGGCGGACGACAGCUUCCUCUGAUUUUAUUAAAGUGGACCUCUUAUACCCAAAAGCGAAUACCACGAACGGCGUGCAUGACGAGGACGAUCGUGGCAAAGAAGUCCUUCCGGACCCAAACUCCUUCGAGUCUACGGCUGGUUAUGAAGUUAAGGGUGAAACCUAUGCCAUUGCGCCCAACGAAAACCACAGAUUUUAUUAUCAGAAAGAUAUGACGCCCGACGAGGCAAUGUUCAUCAAAUGUUUUGAUUCUUUCAGCCAAGCUAACCCGGGCGGCCGGCCUGGUUUGGCAGACUGCACGCCACACACAGCAUUCGUGGAUCCUGAAACGCCGGCGGAUGCACCUGGGCGGCAGAGCAUUGAGGUGCGAUGCUUGGUGUUCUACGAGUAG